GACGGCUUGUCGAUGUAUAAUCCUUGAUGUAUUUAUUUUGCGCAGGUGAAGGCAAUAGUACCUACUGGAAUUUAUACUAGGUAAAGCAGUUCGUUUCAAUAAUUUUUUCCACAAAUCUACCUAAUUGAGUAUACGUUCAUACCAUUUCAUCAUCAACAAGACUAUCAUUUCAAAGGCUUUGAUCAACGAAAAUGAGUGCUCCCGCGGCCCUCGCGACGCUGUGUGACCUCGGUGACAUUUACACGGCUGCCGCAGGCACGGGAUGUCGCGCGACCCUGAAGACGGGAAAGACAGUCGAGCAAACCUCGAGUCUACCACGAUCCUUGGUUGGCAGCCCUGUAGAUGGGUGGUUCGUAGUACGUGUCGCAGCAGGUCAAUGCGUCCGAGAACUCUUUGAAGAUGCGAAGUUGAGAUGGCAUGAACCUCAAGCUCAACCGCUAGGUGAACGCACAAAUGGGGAGGACCAGGAUGACGAGGAUAUGUUCACCCUGCAAGGAAAUUCUACUUCUAAGAAGCGGCCAAGAGCAGCGGAAGAUCCUGAAGGCAUCGAAUGCGAAGGCGGUGCACGACUGAGCUUAGAAUCCUUUGACGCUACUAGAUCCACCAACAUCAAGCCUAGGAUCUUUUUUCAGCCUAGUGGAGACCUUUCGGCAUCUGAUUGUCCGUUCGCUUCUUCCGCACAAGAACAACAAUCUGCUGGAGAAAACCAGCCCAAGAGAGCUCGCCUUCUAGAUGGUUCCCGAAGAUCAAAAGCGCCGAUCACAGGCAGUGAAUAUCUAGUUUUCCUUCCCAGUGUGGAGGAAGGUUCAGCAGCCGGGUCCAAAGUGCUCUUGCCUCAACCAGUGAAAGGCGUGAUCCAAGUGGCCAAGCAUUUGUUGCCUUGGGGAUCCGUAAGCGGCAGUGAACUUCGUACCAAUCCUUACAAGUUGAAUGCAGCUGGUGGCAGUAUUUCUUGCUCUACUUCAUCUUCGACGAAGGGAAAAAAUCACAAAGGCGGAAAGAAUGGCGGAGAAGGGGGUGAUCAAGAGGGUGAUGAUGAUGAUGACGACGAAGAGGAGAGAAACAAUGAACGGCCAACAACUACAGCCAAUGGCAGCAAUCAGCAAGAGGAAGGCAUCAUUUUGGACGUAGUGCUGCAUCCUCCAGGCGAGGGUUUCGAGAACGUUGUACCCUUGGCUAGAGUGUUAACCCCCAUUACCUGCAAUGGCGCGUUUCUCACGGGCACCAAAUUCAAGCGCAUUGACUACGGUUUGCGAGAGCGUCAGUUGUUGGGCACUUGGGACUCACACCCAGUCCAGUAUCAGUCCAGAGUCGACAAGAUGGAGUUGCAGCUUCAGCUGAAACGAUCGCCUUUGACUCAUGUCGUGGAAGAAGUCUUCACUGGGAAAAAUGCUUCUUCCUCUUCUUCUUCAUCUUCCACCAACAAGAAGUCAAGCAAAAAAUCGAAAAUAACCAAUGAUAAAAGCGCACCUUCUUCUUCAGCAACAAGCAGUACAUCUACUCCAGCUCAGUUGUACGUAGCCGCAUUAGUGGGCUCUAGACUCCACGUCUUCGCCACCGAGCUUCACGGAUUACGAUCUUCCGUUCCAGCGAAGGAAGAAACUAUGUUGAGCAUUGCUACCAACAUCCGCUCUAUGGACGCGGAGAUGAAGGCAGACCGCCUAACGAACUUCCACGAACAAUUCUCUGCUGCGAAGAGAUUGAGGAAAAUUAAAAGUACUUAGAGGACUCAUACAUAAUGUCAAAUUUUUAGACAUGGUGAUGACGAUGGUCCGGUUUCCACUAAUUUCUGUCGUUGAGAAGUAUAUUCCUCAUUUGUUCUGUCGUCGAGAAUAUUCCUCAUUUGGCGUGAUGCUUUCUUCACCUUUGGUCACCGAGCGAUGAAAGUAAUUACAUGAUUACUUUUCUUCAACUACAACUUUAUUUCAUCCCGAGAUGAAUAAUAUUCCGUACUUACCUUCCCUCUGACCAUCACCAAACACCAGAUUCCAAGAACAAGGAAGUUACCGACUCCAGACUUGAGGGUGACCUUGGUGAACUCCAAAACCGCCUACAGAAAGCAGGCGACGAAAAGCCUGCUGUGGAGAACCCUCAUAUCCAGAAUGCCAAGACCUACAUGCCUGAGUGGAACCCCACACCGAAGAACGAAAAGGACGUCUUCCAAGCGGGAUUGAAUAAGGUAUAUUUGUAUUUAGUUUUUGGACUUUGUUGUAUAAUUUUUGGACGAAGAAGAUUAGUAGACGGUUGUACUAGAUGCCUGGUUGUGCUGCUGAGAUAGUUUUUUCACAACAUCACAGUCACUUCAGCAUACACCACUCCUCCUUAAUACACGGCAGGCCUUCCCAGCGAGCUUAUUGAAGGACCGUCUGAAGCUUGGGGAUAACAACACUCUUGUUCGCGAGCUGUGGCACAACCGCGCGAAGGCGACUGAGAGCAAGCUUCGCGACGCUUGUGGCAGUGUCACCGCUUUCGACUUGAUCCGAAACCGAAAUCUCAGCGACGCGACGCGUGUGAAAACCAUAAAGGACGCCGAGGGCGUGGCAAGAGUCGCAGGCCUGAUCCGUAUUUUGUGCGCCAUGUACAGCAUCCGCGCUUUCAGUUUUUCGGGUACGCGGGAGCAAGUGAAAUCGAAAUUCCGACACUUCGACUUCGAAUUUCUGCGUGCUUCUGACGAAAGCGGAGGAAAGAAGGGGAAGGGCAAAAAAGGAAAGGAUAAUUCAUCUGGUGCUGGAGAAGAAAUCGGUGAUGCUGCUGCUGCUAAAGGAGAUGCUGAUGACAAGAUCUCGCCUCACGCUGUGCAGAUGCAAGAACGAUUGAAAGAGCAUUUGAUUGACACGUUUUAUCAAAUCACCGUUACUAGUGAGGUCAUCGACCGCGAUGAGGCUGCCCAACGCGAGGAAACUUGCGUUUUGAACAAGAAGAAACUGCUGAUCCAUUUAGCCUUGUUCGUGAUGCAAAACUCGCCAUCUGGCUCUUUAAACUAUGCAAGUUUAGAACACGAUUUGGGCUUACAGGACAAACAUGCCUUGCGACGAACUUUUGAGUACAUGCAAUGUGAAUUGAGCACGUAUCCGUCGACCACCGUAACGUUGCCGAAGAAAUUCGAACCCAGAGAUGCUCUGACCGAACGCGACUACUCGAAGAAGAAGAAAACGAAAGGAGGAGGCGGCAAGGGUGGUGGAAAAGGGAAGGGAAAGAAAGGCAAAAAAGGUGGUGGUGACUAGAACAUUUGCAUUUGAAGAAUCAAUGCAUCACCGCUAAUCCACUAUACUAUGCCCAGUCAGUCAACGUUGACAUACCCCAUACUAUAUCCCCAGGUGCAUGAAAAUGAUAUGAAUCCACCUAGUAGUGCUCACCGUACUUACUCUCAAUAGCACAGAGUAAGAGUACUGCUACAUAUUGCCUCCAACUUACAACUUGUAAAUCACUGCAACUACUACUCCCAUUGUAAGGACAAGAAAAUCUUCACUACGGUUAAAAGAGCAAAACAACUGGAAAUAUGAAUAUUAGACCGGUGCAAAUUUAUUUGGCCUGAAGUGUUUUUUUCGAGAGAGGUGAGCUUAGUUCGAAGCAUGAGGCUUUGAGCGGAAAAA